AUGCACUGGUCUAUGAGCACACUACCCAUGCCGCUCUGUGUUGAGCUGGGUGUCCAUUCUCUGAGUGGCCUUCUGUGGACUCUCCUGCUCCUGUUUCUAUGGCACUGUUACCGGAUGGGCUCCGACCUGCCAAUCCCAGGUCACGCACAUGCCGGAAAGCUUAAGUCAGGCUCAAGGCGGUCCAUGAUGUCCCGCGGCGGUAGCUGCGCUGGAACAAAGUGCAGCGCACGAUCCAAGCUGUUGAGAAGUGAUCAAAUUACUCCCUUCAUUCCGAUGGAGACAGAGGAGGACGAGGAGCAGGGACAGGGUUACCUCACCCCCGUGCUGAGUCACGCCUUGUUCCCAGCUCAGGCAUCUGCAGAAGCCAAAAAAUUGUAUGCGGCACUACAAGAGUACGCCAAACGCUACAGUUGGGUGGGCAUGGGUCGCAUUCACAAGGGCCUCCGUGAGCAGGUUCAACUAAAUGAUCACUCUGCUAUACAGAAGCCUCAUCUCUUCUUCCUGCCAGAUGUCCCAAGUGUUCCUUUCUUCCCACGUGAUGCUCAUCGACAUGACAUUGAGGUCUUGGAAGCCAGCUACCCUGUAAUCUUAGCUGAAUUCCAAACUGUUUCCCAGCGGGGCAUUGACUCAAAACUAGGUUGGACCAGUCUGGGUCCAAAGGGCCAGGCAGUGUUUCCCUUGUACAGUUCUGGCAUCUGUGUGGCAGGAAACUGCCGCUCUUGUCCCUGCACAUACCGCACACUUCUCUCUCUACGAACGUUCAUAAAUAGCAACUCAUUGGGAUCUGCUGGAUUCUGGCUGCUGGGACCCGGAGCUACGCUGGGGAGUUCGUACGGCCCCACCAACACACGUCUCCGCUGUCAUCUGGGUCUGCAGACUCCACCGCUGUGUGAGCUGGUGGUGGGAGGGGAGCCGCAGUGCUGGUCAGAGGGGCACUGCCUCCUGGUCGACGACUCGUUUCUCCACACUGUCUCCCACAAGGGUCCCUCAGAUGCCGGACCGCGCGUCAUUUUGAGCGUGGACCUCUGGCAUCCAAAUGUGGCUGCAGCCGAGAGACAAGCUUUGGACUUCAUGUUCAGCCCCGACUUCUGA